GGGCGAAGGGAGCUUACCUUGAUCACAAUUGUUUAUUUAUUCUAAUUCAUUCUAAUUCAGUAAAACUUUCGGUUAGCUACUUUGUUGUCUACCCAUGACUUUUACAAGAGAUUGUCUUUUACAAUAACAUGAUAUUCUGGGUUAGGCUACGUCUAAACGAAAAUAAGAUAAUUAACAUGUAGGCCUAAGCUAAAUGUUGUGGAAGUUUGUUAUAAAUCAUAUAAAUCGUAAGAGGGCUGAUCUGACAGUUCGACACAUUCUCCAACCAAUUCCGUGUAAGUGAAUCAAUGGCUUUGCAUUGUACAGAGGUAUCGUAUGUCACUGGCUAGCAAUUGCUACAUGUAGGGAAGUGAACACGACUUCCUCCUUCCCAGCCCUAUAGCUUUUCGAGAGUGCUCGCCGACUCUGUGAGCCACGAAGAAAUGUGGCGAGUGUAACAGAAAUAGGGCUUGUAGACGCCGAGUUAUUUCUUCAGCUACCUGCAAAUGAAACUUUGCGGGUGUUUGCUCCAAUUUUAUUUCUGAGGACUAUUCAGCCCUUUGCUCAGCAGCGCGCAGUGAAAUAAUACUAUGGCAGCGACCAAGCCUUCUCAGAACCAAGUUUAUGGAAGGAUAUAACGGGGAGGCCUGACAACUUCUCAAACUUCUGGGCGACAGCAUAAUAAGGCGUGAAAAUGAAGAAGCAAUUUAAUCGAAUGAAACAGCUCGCCAACCAAACAGUUGGAAGAGCUGAGAAAACUGAGGUGCUGAGUGAUGACCUUCUCCAGAUUGAGCGUCGGAUGGAGACGGUGCGGUCCGUCUCGCACAACGUCCACAAGAAGAUGCUGGCCUGCCUACAGGGUCAGGUUGGGGCUGACGUGGACAAAAGACAUAAAAAGCUUCCUAUCACUGCCCUUGCACAGGCCAUGAAGGAUGGGAGCGGUCACCUGGGUGACGAGUCUCUGAUUGGUAAAAUGAUGGAUCUCUGCGGAGAAGCUGAAGACCAACUGGCCUACGAUCAGUCUCAACAUGAGGUGCAGGUUCAGAAAGACAUCCUGGACCCUCUAAACCAGCUUGCUGAGGUGGACAUUCCCAACAUACUUAAGCAGAGAAGGCAACUAGCCAAGCUGGUGUUGGACUAUGACUCUGCAAAAGCCCGAUACUAUCAGGCCAACAAGUCCACCAGCCAUCACGCCCUGGCAGCAAAAGCGGACACCCUCAAAGAUGAGAUGGAUGAGGCCCUGAACAAAGUGGAGAUCUGCAAGGAUCAGCUGGCUGCAGACAUGUACAACUUCUUCUCAAAGGAAGGGGAUUAUGCCCGCUAUUAUGUCACGUUACUAGAAGCCCAGGCUGACUACCACAGACGAUCACUAGCCGCUAUUGAAAGAGUCCUGCCCAACAUUCAGUCCCAACAAGACUCGUGGACGGAGCAGCCGGCCUUCGGCUCAGCCCUGGAGGACCACCUGAAGCGUAGCAGCAGGGACAUCGCCCUGCCCAUCGAGGCCUGUGUGAUGAUGCUACUGGAGACGGGCAUGAAAGAAGAGGGACUCUUCCGGAUUGCAGCAGGGGCCUCCAAACUGAAGAAGCUUAAGGCAGCCCUGGACUGUUCCACGUCCCAACUGGAGGAUUUCUACUCCGACCCCCAUGCCGUAGCUGGAGCCCUGAAGUCUUACCUGAGGGAGCUGCCUGAGCCUCUCAUGACCUUUCACCUCUAUGAUGACUGGAUCCAAGCCUCAAGUGUUCCAGACCCAGACAAACGGCUCCAGGCGCUAUGGGUGACCUGUGAUAAAAUGCCAAAGCACAACCAUGCCAAUUUUAAGUAUUUGAUUAAGUUCCUGGCUAAGCUUGCUCAGGAUAGUGAUGUCAACAAGAUGACUCCCAGCAACAUUGCCAUAGUGUUGGGACCAAACCUCCUCUGGGCUAAAACUGAAGGAUCUCUGGCCGAGAUGGCAGCAGCAACCUCGGUCCAUGUGGUAACCAUCAUCGAGCCCAUCAUUCUGCACGCCGACUGGUUCUUCCCCGAUGAGGUGGAGUUCAACGUGUCGGGCAUGUUCACCGCGCCCUCGCACCCAACCAGCCACCCUGGUUCCCCCGGCCCCCUGGACCCCGAGGUGCCCCCCACCUUGGAGCGUCGGCGGCCAGGCAGCGUGACCGGGCCCCCCGAGGGCGGCGGCGGCGGCAGCAGCAGCAGCAGCAGCAGCAGCAGCGAGAGCCAGCGCAAAGACAGCCCCGCUAGCAAACAGCCUGAGUCCAUGCGUCGAGUCAGCAACUCAGUCCGAAAGCAGCCGCUCGCCUCGCCGCCCUUCCAGCCUCCGCUGCCCCCCUCCGCCGAGGAGGAGGCCGAGGUCAGCCAUGCCCAGGCCGAGGCCUCCCCGCUGGGCUGGGAGGGCGGCCAGGCCGGCCCGCUGCUGUCCGCCGGGGCUCUAGCGCUUCAAGCUGUGCAGCAGCAGCUUCAGCAGCAUCUCCAGCAGCAGACUGCUGAGCAGGAGAGCAGUGUGGGUAGUCGGGAGAUGCCCCCCCCCAGCCCGGUGUCCACACCACAUCCCCAGAGGAACGGGCCGCCCGGAGGGACCCCGGGUCAGCUGAGCUUUGGGGCCCCAGCCGCCGGCUCCAAAGGGCCCAGCCCCGCACCGAACCGCAGAGGUACAAAGAAGCAAGCCCCGGCUCCUCCCAAACCCUCCCAGACGGCCAGUAGUCAGCCCCCUCCGGCCUCGUCCACCCCUGCAGCUUUUCCAUCCGUCACGCCCUGCAGACCUGCUCCCUCUCCCAACCCCUCCUCUGCCCCGAGCCCCGCCCCGCACCCUGUGGCCACACCCCGCCGCCAGGCCAGCAUACAGGGCCCCUUCCAGUCCCCCAGCCACCCGCCCCCUCAGCCCCCACCGGGCGGCGGCAGCAACAGCAGCAGUGCCGAGCCCGACCCCUCUCCCCCCAGAACCCCUACCCCGCCGGGCACUCCUCCCCAUGAUGGUGGCGGCCACCAGACCGGCUCGCUCCCCAGGCCCAAACCCGCUCCCAGGCCCAGACCUCGGCCCAGCGUGCCACCGCCACCAAACCCGCCUACCAAUGGAGUCUGCGGUUCAGCUUCCAAGGUCAUAACAGAUGUGUGACCUACCGCACUGCCUCGAGAAGUGAGGCUCAAUGGCAGGCUAUGAAGGGAAUCUAAAGAUGCUGGGGAGAGCGUUCAUUCCUGACAUCGCAAUGGACGAGACGAGUCAGAGCCCUCCCCCAGAGCCUGAGCCCCAACCAGAAAGCACCGCCCUGUGACAGACUUGCGCUCUAGCCAAUCACUGCUUCCCCUAAAUCCCCAUCAGAGAGAACCCAGCCAGUCCCGCACCUCCACCGCAUGUCCUAUCCCAGCUGGAGUCCAGUGCCUGUAAAUGUUGCACACAGCGCUUAAGAAGCUCCCCUAAAGCCACCACUUCAUCAUCUGGAUCCCUUCUGGUGGAUGUGAAUGUUGAUAUAUCUGUAAUUGUGUCUGAAUGUGAUAUACUGUAUCUGAAUGUGUUCAGCUCACUCACUCACACACACACACACACACACACACACACACACUGAAUUUCACUCUUGCCACUUGCCCUUGCCAGUUUCUUUCUUAUUGAUAUUAGCACGAUAAUUUUUCUGAGUGGCACUACCUUUGUGUUGUGGUUUAUUUUGCAGCUUGAUGUUUUUAACUUUGUGCUUUUUUGAAUGAUGUAUAUUAAAUAUACAUAGGUCUGUUGAACAGAAGAGUAAGGGAAAAGCAAAGCUAACCUGUGGCCACAUAAGUCAACUGCUUUACCCAUCCUCCCAUCCCACUGCUGCACUGUGAACACACACCCACAAACACACACUCAUAUGUACACACACAUACACACACCUUUCAGUACAUUCCACUCCUUAGUGCUUGUAAUAUACACAUUUUUACAUUUUCAUGAGAUGGUAAAAUAUAUUCAGAGUCCACAUAAAGCCAAGCAAGUUUGUUUUCGUAUUUAGAUACAGGUCUGAGAAAUUUACAUUUUUAAAGUAAAGGUUAUGAAAAUGUUCUGAGCAAUUUAGUUUAUGGUUCCAGAAAGUGCACAGGGGUAAUACGAGAAAAAGAUAUAUCAAAGAUUAUGAAUGUAAUUUUUCCACUUGAAUAUGAAGCUGACAUUUUGGUAUAUAAUUACAAAUUUGUCUUUUUAUAUUUGUUACUUGAUUUUUUUCCUGUCUUGUGUAUGUAUGUAUGUAUGUAUUCAAUUCAGUUUUGAUGUUAUCUAUAGAAAUCCUUCCUCUUUUGGGUUCUGAUUUUGGUUAAAAAUAAGAUGUGGCCUAAAUCAUUUAUCCUUUUAAAUGUGACGUCGAGUAUUAGAAAAACAUAAUGUCACUCACACACCCUAAAGGCUGUUCUUACAUUACUUUCAGUUUCAUGGUUUGUAUGGCUUCUAUAGCCUACAGCAGUACAUAUCAGUAUAUGCCGUUGAGAUAUUUAAGAACAAUCAAGCGUCAAUGUCAUUAUCACAGUCAUACCGAGUCAUGAUCACAGUAUCAGAAAUGUCUGUUGUCCAACAUCCGACCUUGUCUUUACUGGCAGAAUUAUGUGCAAAGUGUAUGUUUGCACUUAAAAAUGUAAAUACUGGCAAUGGCAGAACUGGUUAUGCUAGUAGAAAAAAACUGAUCUUCACACAGCUCAGUUGGAAAAUGUGCAUCAUGUUUAAUGCCAAAGAGAUUCUCAGAUAUUCUGUCUAUGCAUACCUCUCAGUGCAUUGGUGUCAUUCUGUCGUUUUUUUUGUGAUCGUUUUGCUAUGAUUGCAAUGGUAGUGACCAAAGCUGUUUUUUCAAUCUUUUUCCAUUCUAUGCACAUAUAACCUGUUCAAAUGCUUGAAAAGAAAUCCAAUAAAAGAAUGUCAUUCAAGUAA